CAUUAUUCGAGUCAUACUUUGAUAAUGUAGUUUUCUCUAAUGUAGAAAGCGACGCGGGGUGUGUUGUGAAAUUAUCUAUUGCUCUGUGGUGAUAGAACCAUGUAACAAUAACAGAUAACCUAACAGACGUUUUCUAUCGAGACUUGCACAGCCUGCGACACCGAGUGAUUUUAAGAUGAUGGGAAGUAACAUUCUGAAGAAAAUCUCUUGGAAUAAAACAAUUCACAAAAAUGUUGUUCAGUGUACAUAUUAUGUAUCAACUGUUACACUUGUCACAACCGAUGGUCUUGAGUGUAUAAGAGACGCUUCGAUUAUAUAAACAUUCUAUACGAAUCCGUGUAUCGAACAGAAGCAUCAUAUCUCGCUAAUAAUAUGGUGAUGGCAGGGAACGAAAAUACCUCUGGAUCUUUGGCAGAAGAUUCACUGUCCACAAGGUUACAGUGGCUUCGUCAACGCCGGGAAGCACUCCAAGAAAAGUUAGUUCAAAAGAACAAUGAACUAAAAAAUUUGUGUGUCGAAGAAGCAGAACUAACUGGUGUGUUGCCACCAGAAAUUCCAUUGGAACCUGGAGAAAGUCCACCUGUGUUCCGUAAAAGAGUUGGAACAGCAUUUUCUUAUCCACAAAAUUUAAUUAACAAAUUGAAAACAAACGAAGUUGAGGAAUCUGCCUUGGAAUUGGAACGACAAGUUCAAAUUGGUAUAGUAGAAGCUGCCUUGGGUAUUGUAAAUGAUCCCACAGAGAGUAAGGCUGUACGCCGUAAACACAGGCUAGUCUAUCAACAGAGUCAGCGUAGACUCCAAGAAUUGGAAGUGCGAUUGAACUUUAUAAGGCAGAGCCGUACCAAAAAUCAACAAAGCGUGCAAGCACAACACACUGCCGUUUACAACACUCAACCGCAUUUAUAUACAAAUGUGAAACAUAGGACCAAAAAGCCCCGGCCACCGUUGGAUGGCACAGUAAACGAAGGAAGUACAAAAGUUAGAGGUUUGCUCCAAGAGGGUGGUAUAAGUUUAAGUCCCUUGGGAUCAGAGGACAAGUGUAGUACAUAUCCGGGACACGUAUACGAUGACCAACUGCUAGUAACUAAUACUUGUAACCACGGUCAUGUAGGUGCUUAUUGUCCGCCCGUGUCCGACCAGCGACAAAACAUCAAAAUAAUCGAGCACGAUCAUAACGAUAAUCAGAAUGUUUAUAUAUUACCAGACCAGUAUCGGACGCGAACGUACUCACACGGCAGCGGCGGCUCGCGCGCUCAAAAUCACUAUCAAGAAACCGAAAAAUUGUACCGGCCAUUACCAAAUACUUAUACCGAGGAGGAAAGACAAAUGCGGUACCGUCAGAUUCAGCAACAGCAAAUGCAAGAACAAACUCACAACUACCAAUACAGCGAUUACAAACACUUGGAUAACGAUAUCCAACGGAGAUCGGGUCAAGACUAUUACGACAGAGAUUUCCGUGGGAUACAUUAUACACACAUGCCCGAAUUUCCGGUGUACCAUAAGAACAACUCUCAAUCGCAAUCCCUGCUGAGACGAGAUCGCGACUCUGGUGGAAGCAAGAAUUUGCGGUACACAGACUCGCCUAGUGACCCGCAAAUACCAACGGGUUAUUGGGUAAGAUACGAAGACGAGAUCGUGUGGUGUCCCGACGACCCACCCAUAGCGGAUAGAUUUGGGAGUUUAGAUCGUAGGAAGCGAAACGCGGUGCAACACACUGCCAGCAUGGGUGCCGAUAUACAACCGCGAUAUCGCACCGUAUCAAUCGGGGGCAGCAAAAAUUCUGUCUGUGUUCCUCCUCAUCAGAACGCCUCCGUUCAUCUACUGCCAUUGUCCGAGCAUCCAUCGACCAACAAUAAAAUGCUGCUUCGCACGCAAUCGCUGGGCAGCGUGGAGAAGUGGCAUUCAAGCCAUUUGCAUGAUCUGCUCGACGGCAAAGACACGACAGAUAAUAUUAGUCGCAAGGGAAAGGAGAAGGAGUGGUACGAAACCUCGUUAGACUCGGGAGGGGGUUCUGGAUUGGACCUCGACAUGGUAGCUUCGCAUAAGAAUAUCCAUUAUCAGUCCACGGCUCCUACAUGUUCCAAGCUGCCGAGUGCUAACAGCUCCGAGGAUGGGAAAUCUAGUAGCUAUAUGCCUCCGAUGAAUCAUCGUAAGACUGACUUGAUUACUGCCGAAAGCGAACAGCAUUUGCAACCGUUAUCGUCGGCUCGGUACGAACACACGCGGAAGAAAGUGCUCGAAAUUCCAGCCGAAUCGAAGUCGUCUCAAGAAGCCGGUGAAGAGACGAUACGAUUGGGAUCAUCGCAAAAUUGCACAAUCGUUCAAGCCGGAAAGUAUCAACCUUACAGAGAAGUCACAAAGCCAUUCGAGAUGUCCGAUUUUUACAAAUACUCAACCAAGUUCCGCAAGAGGAACGAAGGAAACGGGCAAAAUUGCUCAAGCGACGCACAAGACGAUUCGCGAGGGGCGCAUUACACCGGGGCAGAUUUUCACGGGGAAUCGGAUGCGUCGAACGUCGCUCAGAACGGAUCCGCCGCAGUUCAAAAAAGAAUCUAUCAGCCAGUUCAACGAAUGACUUGUCAGCCGUAUCUGGCGUCUUUGAGAUAACUCAUCCGUUUCGCACGGAUUAAAAAGAUGUGAUCGAUAGGCUGGACCUAUCUAGUUAAUUAUUAGAAUUCUUUCCCCGUUGUAAAAAAAAUUGAAACACGAAAAAUUUAUUAUUAUGUUCCAUGAAAAUUUCUGGCUUAGAGAUAUUUGGAGAUUGUAGCAAAUUUGCGAUGUAAUGUUUCCUGAUCUACCUAGUAGAUAAAGAGGCCGCGUUUUAACCUUUGCCAUCUUCUAUACAAAUUUUAUUAUGGCAUAUUAUUAUAAUAUUAUUAUGGCAUUUAGAAUAUUUUUCAAAAUCGACUGUAUUGACAUAUCGAGACCUGGUUAGUGCCUUAUUUUAAUUGAAAUUGUGGAGGAAAUCUGUAUAAGGCACGUAUGCACGUGUUGCAUAGCGAAUAAGAUAUUGAGACAGAGUUUUAAUAUACAUGCGCUGACCUGGCGAUUUAACGGUUCUAGGAUGGAGCGAAAGAUUUCUGAGCAUUAUACCCUGAGUGUUCGAAUCACGAUCGCGAUCUAGCAAUAAAUAUUAAUUUACCGUCACAAUGUGAUCGUAUUUCAUCGCAUCGACUGCUUCGUUUAGUAAUAUAGGAUAUUAAGACAUAUUUUUAUAUAAUUGAUUUUAUAUAGCAUAAUUACUGUACGGAAUUGGCUAGGUCUAAGCUGGCAAUUAGAAAUUGUAUAUAUAAUUCAAACGUUUGCGGAGAAACGAGAAAAAAGCAUUUGAUUGCAAAGUUAUUCGCUUUUGGACACAGAGAAUGUUCCCUCUUUAAUAGUGAAGAGAAUAGACUGAAACAGUCAUUUUUACGCAGAUAAUAUGUAUCAAUAUAAAAAGAAGAAUCUUUAUUUAUUUACAAAAUAUUUUAAUACGACAUCUAUUGUAGUUUUUCUUUUGUUUAGGAUAUUAAAAAUGUCGGAAUACUUUGCUAUGCUAUUACAUAUAGAUUGUUUACUAUUUGAUAUUUAAUAGAGAGUCAAAAGGUUUUAUUAUUUCAUUAACGUUCUCUUUAAAUAUUUUCCAUUUUUCUAUUCUUAUUCAUUCAUACUUCACUUCUUUGUUUGUCUUCUAUUCAUAGUUGCCAGUGGGUGCUUAGCCUUGAACAAUUUCGAUAAUUAAAAGUACACGUAGAUAAAUUAUACACGACUGGUAAACUAAUAAUUAGUAAGAAACGAAUGAUGAUCGAGCUUCACCGCAGAAACCUUGUGUGUUUCGUUAGAUCAUUAUGCUAUUCAUAGAUAUUCAUAGAUAAAUAUGAAUAAAUAUAUUGUGUUUUUGUUUAAUAUGAGUGUUCUGCACAACGUUCGCUGUAAGACAUAAGAAUAUAAUUAAAUUCCUUAUUUUGAGUGCCUUGGAUUUUGAGAGCCAAAGACUCGAAAAACAUUUUGCAAUGCUUUUUCUUUUCAAACUACAUUAUAUUUAUUUAUAGAUAAAGUCUAUAUACGAAUUUAACGAAAUUGUAUUUAGUUUUGUAACGUAUCGGUAAUAGAAUACUAUUUUCGUUUUAAGUUUAAUACAUACACUGAUACAAAUUUACAUUUUUCGACAGUAAGCAUCGUAGACUUAAACUAACGUCUAAAUUAAGCGACAGUACGAAUUCGUGACAGAAAAAAUGGUUUGUUUAUUGAAUUUUGAUCACACCUUUUUCGGAAAUAAUAAACAGUUGAUUCUUACGCAUAUA